AUGAUGGAUAUUACGUCUGAAGAGAAUAAAAAUGAGUCUGAGAUGGAUAAAACAUCAGGAGACACCCAGAUUCUGCAGGAUUCAGUGGGGGACUCAGAUUGUACAUUGACAGAAGGAGCAAAGGAGGAUACAUCUACAGAGUUCUCAGAUUAUGUACCAAGUGAUUAUGAAGAUUGUGUAGACACACAGAGCAGUAAUUAUAAGCCUGAUAGACCUAGAGAACGUCGUGCACCAGACAGAUUUGGUUUUGGUGGUCUUUGCUACACAGAAAUGGAUACUGGGACAGGUCUCACCCUCAAACAAGCAUUGAAAGGGCCUGAGAGAGACCAGUGGCUGCAGGCAGUACAGGAGGAGCUGGAGUGCUUCGAGCAAAGUGGUGCCUGGGAGAUGGUUUUGUUGGACUGUACUUGA